CUUCAGGACCCCGUACCUUGCUGUAAAGUUCUAAGGAUUGCUGUGUAUUUUGGAAUAGAUUUCACUUUGCCACUGUGGACAGUAUAAUUGCUGCAAGAUGGGUUCUUUUCGAGUCAGGAUGGGAGACAAAGGAUUUUCAAUACCAGGGCCGAUCUUCUUCUUUGCCUCCUUUAUUAUAACGCUGCGCAUCGCUCAUGGAGAUCUAAGUUAUAAUAUUCAAGAGGAGAUGAAACGAGACUCCGUGAUUGGAAAUAUAGCUAAGGAUCUUGGGCUUGACCUGAGGACUUUAUCUUCCCGAAAGGCUCGCAUUGAUUUUGAUGGAUCUCGUAAGCGUUACUGUGACAUUAAUCUGAGAACGGGAGAUUUGAUCACAUCGGAGAGAGUCGACAGAGAAAGCCUUUGUGGCAAGAAACCUUCAUGUGUUGUGCAAGUGGAUCUGGUGUUACAAAAUCCUUUGGACCUUCAUCGUGUAAGUGUUCAUAUUCAAGAUGUAAAUGACAACUCGCCAAAAUUCAGAGAAAAUUUGAUUGAGAUCGAAAUAAGCGAGUCAACCGAGAAGGGUAGCCGCUUCUCAAUAGAGCAGGCCCAUGACGCAGAUAUAGGUCAAAAUGCUGUGCAAAGGUACGAGCUUCAAAAGAACGACAUCUUUAUUCUGGCUGCUGACAGCAACAAGGUUGAACUCGUACUAGAGAAUAAACUUGAUCGAGAGAGCCAAAAAGAGAUGAAUUUACUUCUCGCAGCUUUGGACGGUGGAUCUCCUCAGAGAUCCGGCACCGUAGUCAUACACGUCACUGUGGUGGAUGCCAAUGAUAACGCCCCAGUGUUCAGCCAGGCCGUUUAUAAGGCCAGUCUGCCUGAAAAUUCUUCUUUAGAUACACCAGUGAUUAAAGUCAGUGCGACAGAUGCGGACGAAGGAGUGAAUGGAGAUGUAACGUAUGACUUAGGGCACAUAUCUGAUGAUAAUAUGAAUGUGUUUACUAUUGAACACAAAACGGGAGAAAUUAGAGUAACUGGUGUAAUUGACUAUGAAGACAGAAGCUCUUUUGAAAUCCCAGUGCAAGCCAAGGAUGGUUUAGGACUAAAAUCAUAUGCCAAAGUUAUAAUAGAGAUUACUGACAUAAACGACAAUGCACCAGCAGUUUCUCUGGAAUCGGUGUCUUACUCCAUUCCUGAAAACUUUGUGACAUCAUACAAUGACAACACGCUGCCUGCUGACCAGACUCUGAAGAAAAGUCCAUCAGACUUUGCUGAUCCAUUUGAAGAUCUCGAUACUUCAAUAGAGGAGCGGAUCCCUCCUAUUUUUAAAGAGGCACAGAGGGGAAUCCCCGGGCUUGAGUCAGGAAGCGCAUCCGACUUCAAGUCAAAACGUUUAGCCGCCCACGGUAGCGAUAGUCGGGGAACUGCACACGGAGGCUCUCUGGUGUCCAAAGUGAUCGCGGUGGACGCGGACUCCGGACAGAAUGCCUGGCUGUCCUAUCAAAUAGUCAAAUCCACUGAUCCGGGACUUUUUACCAUUGGUGUCCACAGCGGAGAGAUUAGGACACAGCGGGACAUUUCUGAAUCUGACAGCAUGAAACAGAACCUUGUAGUGGCAGUGAAAGAUAACGGACAGCCCUCUCUGUCUGCCACCUGUUCCAUUUAUUUACUUAUUUCUGAUAACUUGGCUGAGGUACCCGAACUGAAGGAUCUGUCUUAUAAUGAGAGCAAUUCCAAACUGACCUCUUAUCUGAUCAUCGCGCUGGUGUCUGUCUCCACGUUUUUUCUGACUUUCAUCAUCAUCAUCCUCGGUUUGAGGUUUUGUCGCAGGAGAAAGCCCCGACUGUUGUUUGAUGGAGCAGUAGCCAUCCCCAGUGGUUAUCUCCCUCCCAAUUACGCAGAUGUUGAUGGCACAGGAACUUUACGCAGCACUUACAAUUAUGACGCAUACCUGACCACGGGAUCUAGAACCAGUGACUUUAAGUUUGUGACAUCAUACAAUGACAACACGCUGCCUGCUGACCAGACUCUGAAGAAAAGUCCAUCAGACUUUGCUGAUCCAUUUGAAGAUCUCGAUACUUCAAUAGAGGGAGAAUGCGCACCAGUGAAAUGUGUUUUUCUUUGUAUUUUUUGUCCAAAGAUGGCACACAUUAGAAAUUCGGUGGCGGGCCUGCUAUACAGCUUUGCUUUCUUUCUUCAAUCCUUUCACUUCGGCUAUGGAGAUGUGAGCUAUUCUUUUCCCGAGGAAAUGAAGACCGGAUCUAUCAUAGGAAAUGUAGCAAGGGACCUCGGACUGAACGUGGGGGAAUUAUCUGUUCGAAAGGCCCGCAUUGACAGCGAUCUGAACCGUAAACGGUAUUGUGACAUAAAUCCAAGCACUGGCGAUUUAAUUGUAGCUGAGAGGAUUGAUAGAGAGGCUCUUUGUGGCGAAAAGGCAUCUUGCAUCCUCAAAUCUGAAUUGGUCUUAGAGGCGCCACUUAUGUUACAUCAAAUUUCAUUACAAAUACAAGAUAUCAAUGACAAUCAACCUGUUUUUGCGAAAGAUGAAAUAAAAAUAGAAAUCAAUGAAUUGGCUGUAAAGGGAUCCCGUUUCCGUAUUUUGGAAGCACACGAUCUCGAUAUUGGACAAAACGCUGUUCAAAGAUAUGUGUUGCAGACUAACAGUUAUCUAGUGCUGAAAAUGCAGACUAAACUAGAUGGAGGCAAAUUUGCUGAACUAGUGUUGCAAAAGGAAUUAGAUCGCGAGGAACAGCGGGAAUUCCGAUUACUGCUUACUGCAUUGGAUGGGGGCAGUCCUAAAAGAAGUGGUACGACUACCGUGCAUGUAAUUGUCUUAGACGCUAACGAUAACGCUCCGGUUUUUAGUCAAGCUGUGUAUAAAGCCAGUCUUCCUGAAAAUUCUCCUUUAUAUACUGUAGUGGUUAAAGUGGCUGCAACUGAUGCAGAUGAAGGUCUAAAUGGUAAGGUGACUUAUGAGCUGAGUCGUAUAUCAGAGACUGGUAGAAGAGCAUUUGAUUUAAAUCAUAUCACAGGAGAAAUAAAGGUAAUCGGACCUUUGGAUUUUGAAGAAGAGUCCGUUUAUGAAAUGCGUGUAGAUGCUAAAGACGGAUAUGGUCUUACCUCAGACUCAAAAGUAAUAAUUGAGCUGUCAGAUGUAAAUGACAACCCACCUGGGAUUAGUUUAAAAUCACUAUCUAACUCCAUACCCGAGAACGCGUCACCUGGUACAGAGGUGGGAAUCAUUAACGUGCAGGACAAAGACUCUGAGAAUAACGGACAGGUCCGCUGCUCCAUCCAGCAGGGUGUCCCCUUUAAGUUGGUUCCUUCUAUUAAAAACUAUUAUUCUCUGGUCACGACAGGACAACUGGACCGUGAACUAGUAUCUGAUUACAACAUUACAAUCACUGCCACUGACGAGGGCUCUCCACCUCUGUCCUCCUCUGAAAGUGUUCAGUUAUCUGUAGCUGACAUCAACGACAACCCACCUGUGUUUGAGGAGCAGUCGUACAGCGCAUAUGUGAGUGAGAAUAACAAACCGGGCUCCACUUUAUGUUCCGUUAGUGCUCGAGACCCCGACUGGAGACAGAACGGUACAGUGUUUGUGUUCGGCUUUGCUCUGUUUUUCGAGAUAACCGCUGCAGACCUCAGCUAUUCUGCACCGGAGGAGAUGAGACCGGGAUCCAUUGUUGGGAAUAUUGCCAAGGAUCUCGGCCUGGAAGUAGCUAAAUUGUUCACUCGUAAAGCCCGGAUUGAUACAGAGGAAAACUACCAGCAUUACUGCGACAUUGACCUCAAGACUGGAAAUUUUGUCAUCAGGGAGAAGAUUGACAGGGAGGAGCUGUGCGGGGAGAGGCUUUCGUGCAUGCUUAAAUUUGAAUUAGUCGUGGAGAGCCCUUUGGAGCUGCACCGUAUUUCACUGCUUAUUCUGGAUGUAAACGACAAUUCACCAGUUUUCCCCAAAGAUACAGUUAAGUUGGAAAUAAGAGAAUCAGCAGUUAAAGGAGCUCGAUACCGCGUGAAUGAAGCACAUGAUGUAGAUAUUGGGCAGAACGCAGUCAAACAAUACAGUUUACAAAAGAAUGACCAUUUUGUUUUAUCUGUUCGAGAAGAUGCUGAUGGGACUAAGAGCAUCGAGCUGGUGCUAGAUAAAGAGCUAGACCGCGAAAAUGAGAACGAUUUAAAUUUCAUCCUGACUGCAGUCGAUGGUGGAAAUCCACAGAGGUCAGGAAGUGCCGUUAUACACGUUACUGUGUUGGAUGCUAACGAUAACGCGCCAGUGUUUGACCAGGCCGUUUACAAAGCCAAUCUACCUGAAAAUUCAAAUCUUAACACUUUAGUUGUAAUUGUAAGCGCAACUGAUGCAGAUGAGGGAGUGAACGGAGAGGUGUCGUACGAAUUUAAUCGCAUUACAGAAAGAGCUAAAAGGGUUUUUUCACUGGACAGUAAAACAGGAGAGAUAAAGGUCACAGGAAUGCUUGAUUUUGAGACAAAUUCAAAAUAUGAGAUGCGUAUAGAGGCCAAAGAUGGUUAUGGGCUUUCAUCCGACGCUAAAGUAAUGAUCGAUAUCACCGAUGUUAAUGACAAUGCACCAGUAAUAUAUAUAAAGUCAUUAAUGAACCCCGCUUUGCUGGCGGAUGUUUCUGUUUUUGUAAUUAUGGAAUACGGUGGAUUUUUAGAGCCUGGCCUGAUUACCCUCUUUGUCGUCUGUAUACUUGCGCUGCAAUCCGUUUGUACUGAAGUAAGCUAUUCUAUCCAAGAGGAGCUGAAACCAGGAACUGUCUUUGGAAAUAUAGCUAAGGAUCUCGGUUUGGAUAUUACUACAUUGUCAUCUCGCAAGGCCCGUGUUGACGCUGAAGGAGAUAACGAACGAUUUUGUGCCGUUAGUUUACAAACGGGAGAUUUGAGCGUUGCCGAGCAGCUUGACAGAGAGAGUCUUUGUGGCACGAAACCGUCAUGCAUUUUAAUCCAGGAACUUGUACUGGAGAAUCCUUUAGAACUACAUCGUAUAAAUCUACAUGUUCAAGAUAUAAACGACAACUCUCCACAAUUCAAAAGAAAUUCCAUUAAAAUGGAAAUAAGGGAGUCAGCAGAAAAGGGGACUCGUUUCCGAAUAGAGGGCGCGCACGAUGCGGAUAUAGGCAAAAAUUCUGUUCAGAGGUACAGUCUACAAAAAAAUGAUAACUUUAUUUUAAUGGUUGAUGCAAACAACGUCGAGCUUGUUCUUGAGCACAAACUCGACAGAGAAACACAGCAAGAGAUUAAUUUACCUCUCACGGCUGUUGAUGGCGGUUCACCACAGAGAUCAAGCACUGUUAUGAUACAUGUUACCGUACUGGAUGCUAAUGAUAAUGCUCCAGUAUUCAGCCAAGCCGUCUAUAAAGCCAGCAUACCCGAAAACUCUCCUCUUAAUACUGUAGUGGUUAGAGUCAGCGCUACAGAUGCUGAUGAGGGAGUGAAUGGCGAGGUGUCCUAUGACUUUGGCCAUGUGUCAGAUAUCGAUGAAAAGGUGUUUUCUAUUGAUUUUAAAACUGGCGAAAUCAGAGUAAUUGGUACAACUGAUUUUGAGAAAAAGAAUGCAUUUGAACUGCCAGUCAUAGCCAAUGACGGUCUGGGAUUAAGUUCGUCUGCAAAAGUUUACAUAGCGCUAACUGAUGAAAAUGAUAACGCCCCUGUAGUUUAUUUAAAAUCACUGUCUAAUCCCAUACCCGAGAACGCGCCAACUGGUACAGAGGUGGGCAUCAUUAACGUGCAGGACAGAGUGAUGGCAUAUUUCGUGUUUUUGGUGAACCUUGUCUGCACUUUCAUGUGUUUUCUUCUGGCAGUAGAGCUGUGUUGUGGCGAUGUGAGCUAUUCUUUCCCCGAGGAAAUGAAACAAGGAUCGGUGAUUGGAAACAUAGCCAAGGACCUUGGGUUUCAAGUAAGCAGUCUUUCCGCUCGAAAGGCUCGGAUUGCUCUCAAAGGAAACCGUAAACGUUACUGCGAGAUAAACGUUGAUGCUGGAGAACUGGUUGUUGGUGAUCGGAUUGAUCGAGAGGAGCUAUGUGGAGCUAAGGUUUCUUGCAAUUUAAAAUGUGAACUAGUACUGGAAGAUCCACUCGAAUCGCACCGGAUAUCUUUGCAAAUUCAGGAUGUAAAUGACAAUCCACCAGUUUUUGUUAAAGACGUCGUUAAAUUGGAUAUUGGUGAAUUAGCUCCGAAAGGUUCUCGCUACAGAAUAAAUGCAGCACGCGAUGCAGACAUAGGACAAAAUGCUGUUCAGAAUUACAUUUUGCAAAGGAAUAAUUAUUUUGCUCUGAACGUACUAACGAAUGCCGUCGGCACAAAAUACAGCGAGUUAGUUUUAGACAGGGAAUUAGAUCGCGAAGAGCAGCAAGAUGUGGCUUUAUUGCUGACAGCCGUCGAUGGUGGUAAUCCUCCGAAAUCAGGCACAGCAGUCAUUAAAAUCACCGUACUGGAUGCUAAUGAUAACGCCCCAGUUUUCACUCAUACAAUCUAUGAGGCUUCUCUUCCUGAAAACUCCCCUAUAGAUACAGUAGUUGCAACAGUGAGUGCUACAGAUGCAGAUGAAGGAGUUAAUGGUGAAAUAACAUAUGAAUUCAAAGUUAAACGAGGCUCUGUUAUAGAAAAUAUCGCAAAAGAUAUAGGAAUUGAGGUGGGAAAACUGGCUACUCGAAAGGCUCGUAUUGAUGUUGACAGGAACAGCAAAGGCGGGGAUAUAAGCUACUCUUUUACAGAGGAAAUGCGACACGGGACUGUGAUCGGAAACAUCGCCAAAGACCUCGGCAUCGACGCAAAUACACUAUCUCUUCGAAAGGCUCGUAUUGAUACUGAAGGAAGUGACAAACGAUUCUGUGAAAUAAACCUCCGUAACGGAGAUCUGAUUGUUAGCGAAAGGAUUGACAGAGAGGGCCUGUGUGGAGACAAAGCAUCCUGCGUUUUAAAACAAGAACUCAUGUUGGAAAAUCCAUUAGAACUGCAGCGAAUCAGCCUACAUGUCCAGGAUAUAAAUGACAACUCCCCACAGUUUGAUAAGAAUUUGAUCCAUAUAGAUAUUAGUGAAUCUGCGUCAAAAGGUGCUCGUUUUCCAAUAGAAGAAGCGCACGAUGCCGACAUAGGUAAAAAUUCAGUUCAAUCAUACAACCUACAGACGAAUGAAAAUUUUUUCCUUGGAGUUGGAACCAAUUCUGUGGAACUUGUCCUUAACAAACAGCUCGAUCGUGAAACAUUACAAGAAAUCAAUCUACUUCUGACCGCUUUAGAUGGUGGUUCCCCUCAAAGAUCAGGUACCGUGGUCAUUCACAUUACUGUUUUGGACGCUAAUGAUAACGUGCCAGUGUUUAGCCAGGCCGUUUAUAAAGCCAGUCUGUCAGAAAACUCUCCCAUGGGAACUGUUGUGCUGACAGUAAAAGCAAUUGAUGCAGAUGAGGGACUAAAUGGAGAAGUUACAUAUGAUUUUGGACACGUUUCAGAAGACGUUAAGUCAAUAUUUGCCAUAGAUUAUAAAACAGGGGAUAUAAAAUUGUCCGCCACAGUUGAUUAUGAAACAGUGAGAUCGUUUGAGCUUCGCAUAACUGCGAAAGAUGGUUUAGGAUUAACUUCCUAUGCUAAAGUCAUAAUAGAUGUUACUGAUGUGAAUGACAACCCACCUGUAAUAUAUCUAAAGUCACUGUCGAACCCCAUACCUGAACACUUGUCACCUGGUACAGAGGUGGGCAUCAUUAACGUGCAGGACAGAGAUUCGGAGAAUAACCGACAGGUCCGCUGCUCCAUCCAGCAGGGUGUCCCCUUUAAGUUGGUUCCUUCUAUUAAAAACUAUUAUUCUCUGGUAACAACGGGACAACUAGACCGCGAACUAGUGUCCGAUUACAACAUUACAAUCACGGCCACUGACGAGGGCUCUCCACCUCUGUCCUCUUCUAAAAGUGUUCAGUUAUCUCCUUACUAA